AUGUUUAUCUAUCUAUCUAUCUAUCUAUCUAUCUAUCUAUCUAUCUAUAACAGACAUUCAUUUGUCUCUCUCCUCUCUCUCUCUCUCUGCCUAGUGAACGUAAUAUCCCUCAGUCAGUCCAUGUUUAUCUAUCUAUCUAUCUAUCUAUCUAUCUAUCUAUCUAUCUUCAUCUAUCUAUCUCUCUCUCUCUGCCGAGACAUUCAUUUGUCUCUCUCUCUCUCUCUCUCUAUCUGCCUAGUGAACAGACAUUCAUUUGUCUCUCUCCUCUCUCUCUCUCUGCCUAGUGUUUAUUCAGUCAUCUAUCUAUCUAUCUAUCUAUCUCUAUCUAUCUAUCUAUCUAUCUAUAACAGACAUUCAUUUUCAGUCCAUGUUUAUCUAUCUAUCUAUCUAUCUAUCUAUCUAUCUAUCUAUCUAUCUACAUUCAUUUGUCUCUCUCCUCUCUCUCUCUCUCUGCCUAACGUAAUGUAUCCUCAGUCAGUCCAUGUUUAUCUAUCUAUCUAUCUAUCUAUCUAUCUAUCUAUCUAUCUAUCUAUAACAGACAUUCAUUUGUCUCUCUCCCUCUCCCUCUCUCUCUGCCGAGUGAACGUAAUGUAUCCUCAGUCAGUCCAUGUUUAUCUAUCUAUCUAUCUAUCUAUCUAUCUAUCUAUCUAUCUAUCUAUCUACAGACAUUCAUUUGUCUCUCCUCUCUCUCUCUCCUCUAUGAACGUAAUGUAUCCUCAGUCAGUCUCCAUGUUUAUCUAUCUCUAUCUAUCUAUCUAUCUAUCUAUCUAUCUAUCUAUAACAGACAUACAUUUGUCUCUCUCUCUCUCUCUCUCUCUGCCUCGUGAACGUGAUAUAUCUCAGUCUGUACAUGUUUAUCUAUCUAUCUAUCUAUCUAUCUAUCUAUCUAUCUAUCUAUCUAUAACAGACAUACAUUUCUCUCUCUCUCUCUCUCUCUCUCUCUGCCUCGUGAACGUGAUAUAUCUCAGUCUGUACAUGUUUAUCUAUCUAUCUAUCUAUCUAUCUAUCUAUCUAUCUAUCUAUCUAUCUAUCUCUAUCUCUCUCUCUUCAUUUGUCUCUCUCCCUCUCUCUCUCUCUCUGCCUAUCAUAUCUAUCUAUCUAUCUAUCUAUCUAUCUAUCUAUCUAUCUAUCUAUAGACAUUCAUUUGUCUCUCUCCCUCUCUCUCUCUCUCUGCCUAGUGAACGUAAUGUAUCCUCAGUCAGUCCAUGUUUAUCUAUCUAUCUAUCUAUCUAA